GUUAAAUGAUUAAUGAUUAAAUGACUAUUUUUCAUCAAAUAAUUUAAUUAUACUUGGUUCCAACUGUGAAAGUUAAUGCAGUUAAUCUUCCCUACCACCAGAUGGCAGCCUAGCCUCGGUGCCUACUAUACAAAUCUUAAUAACAAUGCUCAAUACCAGAAAACUACUGUUGCUUGCAAGGUAAGUCGAAUAAAAUUUAGUAAAAAUAUAAAAAUAUGUCAAUAUUCUAUUUGUUUUUGCAUUUUAGUUUAGUUAACUCUGUGUGUGUUCCAAAAAAAUGAUGUUUGUAUAACGCUGCUGCCAGUGAUGAGAGAAGAUGUGCCAAUCUAAACAAUAUUGCUCAAUCAUGCAAUAUUUCCAGGAAUGUAACAACAUUAACUUUAACCUAACAGCUAACAUGUCAACACUAAUAUAUUAAAAUAUUUUGGGAAGUAGAUUUAAUAUAUUGAUGCAUGUAUUGAAAAAGUGUUUGCUUUUCAUCUUGAAAAAAAUCAUUAAAAUUGACAUUACGCAGUAUUCUGUUUUAUAACAACAUUUCAAAUUACUAGUUUUUCAUGAAUGACACAUCUUCGGGGAUGCAUUCAGCGACCCUCGGAGAAACAAAGCCCAUAUUUGUAUCGAACAAUUUGUGUUAUUUACUUUUGUUAUUUUGUCUAAAAUAUACCCAUAUACCGUGAGUCGAUAUUUCGAAGUAUACAAUCAGAAAUUUCACCACAAAAACACCCUUUACAAAACUUAUAACCAUAAUCAGCGUCCUUGCCCAUAAUGUCGACGUUAUGGGCGUUGCCUUCAAAUAUUCCUCGGACGUUUCACUACCGGAAGACACCCUCGAGUGACAGCUAAGUUAAACAUUUUUAACAUUUUCUCCAAACUUCUGAAAUUUCUCAACAAUUCCGCGUAAACGAAUUACUGUAACAUAUCCCCCUCAAACGAACUGUUUACUUGCAAUUGUUGUUUUAUUAUUUAAAAAGUGUAAACGAUCUUUGUAGGUUAGCUAGCUAGCUAAACAUAACAUCGCCAUAUUAGUAGUAUACCUGCAACGUCAUUGUGGGUUAGUUGUAAAUUGUAUAAUAUAGUAUAAUUAUAUAUUCUAACAGUUUACAGUAAUAUAUGAAAUUAAACAAGUUAUUAAUUGUAUUGUUUCAAACUGGAAGUCGUUUUUAAUGUAAUAUGGGUUACUUUAAUGUGGCUACAUACAGGACAGCUGUCAGUGCUGUACAUUGUAGUUCAAAAUGUUUUGUUUUUCUUUUUAAUUUGUGCUAUUCUAUAGCUAUAUAUUCUAUAUAUAUAUAAUAUUUGGAACUCCUGUGGUCAGAAAAUGGAGGCAGUACAGUUUUUGAUGCAUUUAUUGCACUUUGGAGAACUUAUAUCACAAACUACAUUCAGGUAAACACAUUUCCACUCAUAUCUACAUGUACGUAUAUGACAGAUUCAUGGUUUUUAUUUGUUAUAAUACCGCCAUUUUUCCUAAGCAAGAAGAUCAUUUGUUUCAUAUUAGAGCUUCUUCUGCACAGAUUAGUGUGCAGCUGCUCUGCAAGUCUGGAAAAGUUCUGCGUCGAUAUCCCUUAGAUCCUGUCCCGCUGACCUUAUCGGGCUAACGCAUGUUAUGUUGUUGUAUAUCGUGAUAGUACUAUCCGGUUCCUCUCCCUCGGCGUGGGUUUCCACUCUCCGAGGAACCACUUGCGGAUUUCUCAAACUGUAGUUCCGUAGCUGAAGUGCCCCGCAGUCGCAUCUCCAACGGUUUCCGGAGAGCAAGAGUUUCUCCAUGUCCUCGGUGAAGUCCGGAAUGAGUCCGGUUAAAGCGUUGGCUCUCAGAUCGAGAUAACGCAUCCUCGGUAGGAUAUUUUUGGUGCCGUUUUGUAAAAAUUGGCGACAUUCGUUAUUGGACAGAAGCAAAUACUCCAGAUUCUUAAGUCCGGAGAAUGUAUGGCUUGUGAGAACAUCCAGUUUGUUGAAACUCAGAUCCAAUCCCAAUAAGCCCGCCAGGUCUGCAAAGCUCUGGCGUUCCACCGUGGAGAUAUUAUUACGUUGCAGGAAAAGUCUCCUCAAACCGGAGAGACCUGUGAAGGCUUGGGUUGUGAUUUUUGUAAGGCAGCCAUUGUCCAAAUGAAGACUGUGAAGCUUUGAUAGACCUUUGAAGACCUGAUCCGGUAGACUUUGGAAGCAGCUUCCGGAUAGGUUGAUAACAGCCACAUGGGAUAGUCCUGUAAAACUCCCCACUUGUGCUUCCUGGACUUGAUUAUGCUCAAGUUCCAGAACCUCGAGAUGACCAAGACCUUCAAAAAUUCUCUCUCCAAGUGCACGGAUUCUGUUAUGGCUGAGUCGUAGCUCCUCUAAGAACUGCAGAUCACGGAAUGUCCUAGGUCUGAUUCCGGCUAUGGAAUUGUUGGAAAGUCGUAACACGUGAAGAGUAUGCAAACCCAAGAAGGUGUCCUCAUGGAGAGAAGUCAGUUUAUUGUUGGUAACAUCUAGCCAUCUUAGCGCUCUCAUGCCUAUGAAGGCUCUUGGUGCCAGGGUCACGAUUUGGUUCUGGCCCAGGUAGAGUUUUCGUAGUUUAAGUAGCUUAACGAACACAUUAGCUUUAAUGACUUUGAGGUGAUUUCCCAUUAGAUCCAAUUCUUUUAACUCGGCCAAAUUCUGGAAGAGUUGUGGCUGAAGGUAAGCUAGUCGAUUUCCAGCUAGAACUAGCUCCCUCAGGUUGUGUAGAUCGUGGAAAAUUGUCUCAGGUAAAACCGCUAUGGAGUUCCACCCCAAGUUCAGAAGCCACAUAUGCGAAAGUCCGGAAAAGAGUCUUUCGUCGAUGCGACCGAGUUGGUUGUUGUGAAGACUAAUUGAAGCCAGGUUCGGCGUAUUCUGGAACACGGUACCCGGUAACGUGCGCAACCGAUUCCGUUCUAAAUGAAUAUGAGCCAGAGACCUCAAUCCUCUGAAUGCUUGAGCAUCAACGCUUGCUAGCUGACCACUUUGCAGUGUCAAGAAAUCGAGAGUGUUGAGAUCCUUGAACGAAGCAGCCGCGAGCGACGUGAAGAGGUUUCCGUCCAACCAAAGGGAGUGUGUGGAUCUCGGCAUAUUGGACGGGACUUGUGUGAGAUUUCGGGCGCUGCAGUACAUAUUGAGCUCCAAACUGUACUCAUCAUGUAAACAGGUGCAUUCUUUAGAACAAGGGAUUGGUUCUUCUUUAGUGGGGCUGGGGUCUGGCAACACCGCUGAUGUUCCCAGUACCCACAGAAAGGACAGAACGAUUCUUUGCAUCCCAGCUGUGGACAGAAUAUUACUCAGCAUUUACGAUCUUUUCUUUAAUUAGCGAAUUAAUCAGUCUUACCUUAAACCCGGUCUUGCUUUAAGGAGCGCGGUGCGUCAACUGCUGAAAAACCGCACCUGAUGCAAUCGUUUGUAUGCUGAAUAGAGUCACGGCAAAGACAAACCCCGACUGAAGUUAACCCAUUUUAUUCCAUGUGGUUUCAGCUGAAUGAGAAAUCCCUGGUUCUCGCCAUUAAUGAAUGACUAACCCUUAAACUCUAAACCCGGACUAAGCAGAAUUGGUUCACAUUGAAGUUAAUGUCCUUUUUUUUUUGAGCCUACUAACCCUACCACAUACAUACCAUUGUCUACCUAAUCAGUGCUCCAGUGGCCUUUGGUGUUUACUGAAGCCUUGUGUAUUUACUGUAAAUGAUAUACAGUGGGACCCCCCCCCCCAGAUAAGAUAGUCCGCUAGACUUUAACUCAAACAGCUUUGUAUACAUUGUCCAUUCACAAAAAAAACACACCAGUCAGUCAUCACAUUUCUACCAUCUGUAUUUAUAAUCCUUUACAUUUUGCUUUUAAUCUAUUUUCUAUAAUGUACAUUAAUGAUAUCGGCAAAGUAACGAAAGAGUUAAAGCUGGUAUUAUUUGCAAAUGAUACCACUUAUACUUUGAUGAUAAAUAGAUUAUCCUUGAACUUAAAUAAAACUAAAAUCAUGCUGUUUGCUAACAGCAGAAAGCAUACUUUUUGUUCUGGAGGGAGUACAGACGAAAUCAUUAGAAAGGUCAGACAAGAAAUGCUCACACUAAAAAGAUACUUUGAUGAUAAAUAGAUUAUCCUUGAACUUAAAUAAAACUAAAAUCAUGCUGUUUGCUAACAGCAGAACGGACACGCACCAGCAAAUACAAAUAGACUGUGUGGACAUUGAAAGCGUGAACGAAAAUAAAUUUCUAGGGAUCACAAUAGAUGAAAAAUAUGAGCUGGAAACCUCAUAUUACAAAAAUAUACAACAUAAGGUGGACAGAAAUAUUUCAGUAUUGAACAAAGCAAAAUUUGUUUAUUGCUCUUUAUUGCUCUCUGGUUCUACCAUAUCUUACUUAUUGUGUGGAAAUAUGGGCUAAUAACUAUAAAAGCAAUCUUAACACGUUAAAUGUACUGCAAAAAAGGUCAGUAAGGAUAAUUCAUAAUGCCGCCUACACAGAACAUACUAACUCCUUAUUUCUAAAAUCACAAAAUACUUAAACUUGCUGAUAUAGUUCAUCUUCAAACAGCUAAAAUAAUGCACAAGGCUAAAAAUAACCAAUUAGCUAAAAAUGUCAUCCAAUACUUCUCUACAAGAGAGGAGAAAUAUGAUCUCAUCUCAGGGAACUAUGUGACAAAAAAAUAAAAUAAAAUAAAAUUUAAUUAAAAAUUAAAUUAAAAAAAUUAAAUUAAAUUAAAAUAUUUAAAAAAAUAAAAUUAAUAAAAUAUUUUUUUAUUUUAAAAAUUAUAUUAGGAAAAGCAGGAAGUGAACAAAUGUAACAGUUACUGAUUGAAAAAGUAAAAUAUAUUAGGAAAGCAAGAAGUGAUCAAACGUAACAGUUACUGAUUGUAAAAGUAAACUAUAUUAGGAAAGCAGGAAGUGAACAAAUGUAACAGUUACUGAUUGUAAAAGUACCAGAUGGAGGGGUAGGAUUUAAUAAGCUUUGCUUCUUCCUACUCCUUUUGGACAUGUGGAACUGUGAACUGAUUAUGUGAUGCAUUCAAUUGUAAUCUGAUGCAUGUUCAAAUGAAAUAAAACCAUUACCAUAAUCACAGUUCAUACUACCUUUUUACAAUGUAGUCCCAAAUGUCCCAAUCUUUGAUCAUAAUAGCUAACUUUUUGUUGACUCUUUUUGUUUGGUAUCUGGCUCGUUUUAAACAGCCAUGAACCGAUGAUGCUCUUGAGGACAAUGUUUCCACAAAGUUUUUUUUAACUUUGCUGUAGCCAACUGUUUUGAAGUGACAUUUCACAACCGCCAUCUUUCAUAAUAGAACUCAGCAGAAAGAUAGACGGCCCCAAUAUUACGGCAAGUGAAAGAAACACUGCGUCCUACGAUGUCAGGUAAAUUCAUGAAAUAAGUCUUUAAAUAGCUGUUAAAUGUCUUUGGGUUAAUCCUAUCAAAUCACUGGAAAUGUUGCAUUUUUUUUCCCCAACAUGUCCACUAAGUUUGUGGAGUUUACUACUUGUUAAAUCGUUAAGUUAUUAAUAUAAAUGUCACAUUACCAACUGAAUUGUUGCUGUAUUCUACUUCAAAACUGUACUUUGUUCUUUGUUUAUGAGUUUAGGCCACUCUCCAAGUAUUUGUACCAGCUCCUAGUCAGAGGUAAUUCACCUUUGAAACCGUGCAACAUCUCCACUUGGCAUUACUGUAUGUACAGUUCCAAAAAUAUCCUGGAUAAAUUUGGAGUUGAGAGAAUUAUACCUGCUGAAUUGGUAUCAACUUUUUGGCUUUCUAACCUCAGGGGUUAAUACUGUAGAGGGACUGAAGGAUUGUUAUUCUAGUGAAGAAAAGCAACAAACCACCACGUUUAAAGCCUCAAAACCUCAAAGAAGAACAUAAGAAGUGGAAUUAUUUAAGUGUUGAGCAGGAAAGUGAUAGUAAUCUGCCAGUGAAACUGUUCUUCUGUCUGGAGAUGAUGCUGGUUGUCCAUUAUGAGAAGUCUGCAAGAAGAACAUAAGAACCUGAAGUGGAAUUAUUUAAGUCUUGAGCAGGACAGUGAUAGUAAUCUGCUCAUGAAACUGCUCUUCUGUCUGGAGAUGAUGCUCUGCAUUGGAUGAUGCUGGUUGUCCAUUAUGGGAAGUCUGCAAGAACAUAUGAACCUGAAGUGGAAUUAUUUAAGCGUUGGGCAGGACAGUGAUAGUAAUCUGCCAGUGAAACUGCUCUUCUGUCUGGAUAUGAUGCUGUGAAUUGGAUGAUUGCUGGUUGUCCAUGAUGGGAAGUCUGCAAGAAGAACACAAGAACCUGAAGUGGAAUUAUUUAAGUAUUGAGCAGGACCGUGAUAGUAAUCUGCUCAUGAAACUGCUCUUCUGUCCGGAUAUGAUGCUGUGAAUUGGAUGAUUGCUGGUUGUCCAUGAUGGGAAGUCUGCAAGAAGAAAACAAGAACCUGAAGUGGAGUUGUUUAAGCGUUGAGCAGGACAGUGAUAGUAAUCUGCCAGUGAAACUGCUCUUCUGUCUGGAUAUGAUGCUGUGAAUUGGAUGAUUGCUUGUUGUCCAUUAUGGGAAGUCUGCAAGAAGAACACAAGAACCUGAAGUGGACUUCAGCGUUGAGCAGGACCGUGAUAGUAAUCUGCUCGUGAAUCUGCUUCUGUACAGAUUUACGGCAUCCUUUCUGACCGUUUGACGUAAGGUUUCCAAAAGGCUGGACUACUGCAUGAUGAAGAGGAUAGCACAAGCUCAGGGCUGAUUUACGUCGAAAUGAAAGUGACACUGGGAGCGCCAACAAAAAAGAAUCAGAGAGGCUGACAAGGUUUCGAAAAGGCUGGACUACUGCACGAUGAAGAGGAUAGCACAAGCUCAAGGGCUGAUUUACCUCGAAAACGAAAAUGACACUGGGAACGACAACAAAAAAGAAUCAGAGAGGCUGACAAGGUUUCGAGAAGGCUGGAUUGCUGCAUGAUGAAGAGGAUAGCACAAGCUCAAGGGCUGAUUUACCUCGAAAACGAAAAUGACACUGCGAGCGACAACAAAAAAGAAUCAGAGAGGCUGACAAGGUUUCCAAAAGGCUGGACUACUGCAUGAUGAAGAGGAUAGCACAAGCUCAAGGGCUGAUUUACCUUGAAACGAAAGUGACACUGGGAGCGACAACAAAAAAAGAGUCAGAGAGGCUGACAAGGUUUCGAAAAGGCUGCACUACUGCACGAUGAAGAGGAUAGCACAAGCUCAAGGGCUGAUUUACCUCGAAACGAAAGUGACACUGGGAGCGACAACAAAAAAAGAGUCAGAGAGGCUGACAAGGUGUGUGAUGAAGAAGUGGUUUCCAAAAGGCUGGACUACUGCACGAUGAAGAAUAUAGCACAAGCUCAAGGGCUGAUUUACCUCGAAACGAAAGUGACACUGGGAGCGCCAACAAAAAAGAGUCAGAGAGGCUGACAAGGUGUGUGAUGAAGAAGUGGUUUCGACGAUGAAGAGGACAGCACAAGCUCAAGGGCUGAUUUACCUCAAACGAAAAUGACACUGGGAGCGACAACAAAAAAGAAUCAGAGAGGCUGACAAGGUGUGUGAUGAAGAAGUGCUGCAACAUAGCAAAUCCUGAGGCCAAAGAAAGUUACAAGAGACAGAAUUCGGACUAACAAGGUUGGCUAAGCCGAGGAUGUCCUUGCAAUUUUUUUUCCCCUUUCCAAAGGAGGUGGUAGUGUCGCUGCAGGCGAUGCUAGAUGAGUGUGGACAGUAUAUCUCUGUCACAGCACACACGUAUACCAGCACUGUGCUGCCAACCCAGUGAGAUGUGACUCAACUGCGGCCGCCAUUGCUCCAGUCUACGUCCUGUCAUCUCCCAGCUGAGUCCAAAGCCAGAGAAGAAGAAGAAGAAGGAGGAGGAGGAGGAGGAGGGGCGGCCGGCCGCUAGCGAGCCCCAGCUGUCGUUGGCUCAGAGUCUCGUUCGUCCCCGCGCCGUCUUCUCGUCUGGCCUGGUCACUCCAUGGGACUCCAGAGGUGGCCCCCCAGCACAGCAGCACUGUCCUCCUCCAUGGCCUGCCUCCAUGUGGAGACCCCCUCCAUCUGCAGGGGGAAGUUCAAAUCAGCUCUUCAGCUCUGCCUGCAGCACAGACGAAGUCGCGAGCAACUUGUGGAGCAAGGCAUCAUGCCCCCUCUGAAAACGCCCGCCACCUUCCAUGAGCGUAUUCGCAGCCUGGAUAGAGCCAGGACAGGGAACCUUCUGAAGCACAAGCUGUGCAACAGACCCACACGUUCCGAGCUGGUCCAGAUGCACGUCUUACAAGCAGAGGCCGAUGCAGAACCUUCAGUGCAGGCCGAUCGUAUGAAGCUAAAGAGGCCACGACUGGCUGAUGAUCUGAACGAGAAGAUCACCCACAGACCUGGACCCAUGGAGCUGGUGGAGAAGAACAUCCUGCCUGUGGAUGGCGGUGCCAAAGAAAUCCAUGAUGGGACACUUUGUUCUCCAGGUGAUGAUCCGGACAAGAUGGUGGAUGUGUACAGCUUCGAUGAGGACAACAACAGCGAUGCUUUAUCUACGCCGGAACCUCCCUGCCAAACCCCUCCGAGCGCCAUGAGCUCAUCCGCCAGCCCGACCGAGUCCAACACGAGCUCCUCCAUGCAGCAUUCCCCGUCAUGUAACGCCACAUCACCGGCCGCCGCCGCCAGUGAGCAACCAUCUCAGCCGAGUGUUGCUUCGCCUGCAAAGCAAGGCUCGCCAAAACCGCCGCACGAAAAGAGCCGUGGUAAAAAGAGUCGUGAGGCCAAACCGCGGGUACGCAAGUUGAAGUAUCAUCAGUACAUCCCCCCGGAUCAGAAGCAUGAGCUGCAGGUGGCGGCGGCGGCGCAGAUGGACUCCGCUUACGUGCGAAUCCUGCAGCAGCAGCAGCAGUUCUUGCAGCUGCAGAUCCUCCGUCAGCAGCACUUGUGCCAGCAGGGGGCGCCACCUGCCACACACAAACCAUCGGCCGAGAUCCAAAAUGGCUGCUCCGGUGCCGUCCUGAGUGAAAACUGCAAGCCUGAUCAGUUACCGGCCAAUGUGGACGAAAUGAAGGUGGCUGAGCUGAAAGUGGAGCUCAAACUCCGGUCGCUUCCUGUCUCCGGCACCAAAACAGACCUGAUCGAGCGGCUAAAGGUCUACCAUGAGAGCGCUGUUGCCAUGGAGACAACCCCUCCCGACAAGUUGACCCCACCUGUGUCCCCCGUGGCGUCUAAAGAGGACAACGCGAGGGCCGACAGCCCCAAGAAACAUGUCGACGCCACGUCAUCUCAGGAGGACCCGAUGUCCGGCGAGAAGGACAGACGUCUCCACGAGAAGGAGCGCCAGAUCGAGGAGCUGAAGAGGAAACUGGAGCAGGAGCAGCGUCUGGUGGAGGAGCUGAAGUUGCAGCUGGAGGUGGAAAAGAGGAGUCAGCAGGGAGAUUCCCCGCUUCGCCUCAGCCCUCUGCCCGCUUUCCACCACGUCAAGGAGGAACGUCUUUCGCUCUCCAGCUGCGCGGGAGGUGCCGUGGAGGUGAAACACGAGCGGGACGCAGAGCAGCGCUACUUAGCGGCGUCAUCAAAUAAAGAUGGAGCACUUCCUGUCUCCGUGCAGCUGCCUGUUAAUGGCAUCAAGAUGCAAAGCAGAAGCAGCGCGGCCUCGGGGCUCGUCCUCGCAUCUGGACACGGGCCAUCAAACAUAAACGACUCCGAGCCUCUGACGAAGUUUUCACACUGCAGUACUUCGUCGCCUCCUCUUCAUCAUCACAGCCGUCACCCGGCCUUCAUCCUGCCGCAGCUCAAAUGCAAAAACCUCAGAGAGCCUCCUCCCUAUGAAGACGCGGUGAAGCACACGCGCAUGGCGACAGCUGUACAGGGCGUCUCUGCAGCCAGCCAGCAGAUGGACGACCUGUUCGAUGUCUUGAUUGAAAGCGGCGAGAUAGCACCUUUCAUCAAGCAGGAUCCUCCCAGCAUCAACAAGCGCCUUCCCGUCACACCCAGCGUCACCCUCCUGCCUGUCAACACAGUCCUAUCACGUCCACCGCCUCUGGUCCAGGUGGCACAUGUGCCGCCCACAGCGCUGGCACCCGACAGCCGCUUGGACUCCCUCCUGAGUGCGGACGCUGAACCGCUGAAGCUGAUGGAGGAGCUUCACUCGGACCUUCACGCUAUGGACUGGCUGGACCUGACGCUGUGCCCGGCAGCAGAGGGCGUCGACGCAGAGACCGUGUCAACCCCUGAAGGCGUCUUCACCACCACGGACUUCCUUAACGCCCAUGAGUUGCUCUAGAUGCACCUGCCACAUUUUCUUCCUAUAAGGAAAGAAAACAGGAAGUGAGAAUGGGGUGUGUUGAGCUGCUGCAAGGUCCUAAAGUCCUCUGAUUUGAUGGCUGGGUACUUUAAAAAAAGAAAAAAAGUUUUUAAAAAGUCUGGUACUGUUCAUCUGUCUCAUUAUUUAUGCCUCCUUUUGUUGAUGUCAAAGUCAGAAUGUACAGACAAAGACAAUCAGUGAUGAGGACUGCUGCAAAUGUUGUACUGCAUUGCCCUCUACUGGCCACAUAUGUUAUUGCUCUGAGUCAGGCGUUAGAAGGACUGCAAUGACAAAUAUCUACUAUACGAGAAUGACUCAGCAUAUUCUUCUAUUGUAUAUUUUGUGUUGUGUUUUUUCUUACCUUUUAUACAAACAUGGCCAUCACCUUGUGUUUGUCAAUAAACUAAA